GAGAUGGCGUUCAAGGGGAAAGGGGUCGAUUCGAAGACAGUGCUCAUCCAUUUGCUGCUUUGUCUGCUCAUCUUUUACUCUCUCUACUACAUGAUCGGAAGUGUGUGCUUCGGCGCCUUCAGGUUGGAUCACUUCGAUGGACUGAUUCCAUUCGACUUCAAGACUGAGCCUGCAGAAUCCAACUCCAAGUAUUUGGUGAACCUCCUCUCCAUGGAGCUCACCUACUUCUGCAGCGGCUUGCUGUUCGCUGCGGUGGUGAGGAGAUGGGUGUGGGACUAUGCCCUCACCGUCACCCUUCUGCAUGUUCUCCUCACCAGCUUAGUGAUGCUGGAGUUCCCCACAGUCUGGCAGUGGUGGCUGGCUUUAGGCAGCGGCUUGUUUCUGAUGAUCUGCAACGGUCAGCUGAUCGCUUACUUCACCUGCCAGAGUGACCCGAGUUACCCCACCUCCAACAGCUCCUGA